AAAUGGAGUCAAAAUAAAGUGAUUGUGUUUUGCAUUCAUUUGACGUUUACUUCAAAAUGAGUUUUAAAUGCAUUUAAAAGACAAAUACAAACCAUUUGUAUACCAUUUGUGACAAUCAAUCACUCAUUGAAUCCAUAACCCAUUCACUCAUCCCUAUUGUCACCCGAAUCGACGGACAGACAUGUCUUCACAGCCGGCGCUUCCCGCGAGCACCACAUCAUCGGUAUAUCCCUUACCGCCGAUGAGAUACAUCCAAGUGUUCAGCGAUGACAACGUGUCGUCCAACACGUGUCCACAACCGCCCAAACCUGUGUGUGAGGGCCAGUACUCCAUGUUUGGGCAGACCAUCGCAAUGGACGAUCACAUCAUACGGUCGCUGGAAUCGCAAGGACUCCGACGACUCUACCCGCGAGAGUACGACCACAAGCGGGAGCUCAAGAAGAUGAACGCUUCCAUUUUAGUCAACUUCUUGGAUAUACUCGAUGUCCUCGUCAGGUGUCCCGACACUAACAAACGCGAAGACAAGACGCACGACAUUCAACUCCUCUUCAUUACCAUGCAUCACCUGAUCAAUGAGUUGCGUCCACAUCAGGCCCGGGAGUCCAUCCGAGUGCUGAUGCAGUCCCAGAAGAGACAGCGCUUUGAGACGACGGCCCGACUCGACAAACAGAUCGAGAGAGUGAGAGAUCUGAUGAAUACAGCCGUCAAUUCCAUCAGCGAAGACACACUGAUGGACACAUUGGAUGUGAAGCCAAAUAUGAGUGAUUUAAACGCUCUGACGAAGACAUCGGGUCUGACUAAUGGUGCGGACAGUAGUGGCAUAUCUGUGGACAACACCUACGAAAAGGACGCUCUUAUGUGUGAUUUUGUCGAAGAGUUAGCCCUUCAAUGACUUAAUUUAAUUAUCAUUUACUCCAUUGUAUUGUGUUGACUACGAGAACAAAUAAACUGAC